GGUCGAGGGGUGUUCAAGAAGUUGCGUGUCGGCUUGGAAGAAUAUUUUUAAAAAAAUUAAAAUAUAGAAAUUAAUAUUAAAAAGCUGAAACAAUGGCGUUAAGAACAUACGGAGAUAAGCCUAUAAGUUUUCAGGUUGAAGAAAGUGGUGAAUUUUACUGUAUUGGAUCAGAAGUCGGAUCAUAUCUACGACUAUGCAGAGGUUCUCUUUACAAAAAAUAUCCUGGAAUGCAUCGAAGAACGCUUUCAAAUGAGGAGCGGAAGAAGUUAAUGGAGACCGGCAUAAGUAAUCAUCUUUUUGCCAGCUCCGUGUCACUCUUAAGAGCGACUGAAGUUCAAGAAAUUAUCGAUGGUAAUGAUGAAAAGUAUAAGGCAGUUUCGGUUCAUUCAUCAGAGCCAAGUAUACCACGUGAGAACAAUAAAGCAAAGAAGCAAGCUCCAUGGAUGCCAACAAUGCCAAAUUCAAGUCAUCUCGAUGCAGUUCCACAAGCAACGCCCAUCAAUCGUAAUCGCGUUUAUAACAAGAAAGUUCGAACAUUCCCAAUGUGCUUCGACGAUACUGAUCCAACUGCUAAUUUCGAGAACUCAGCGCAAUCUGAAAUGUUGGUUCCAAUUCGUCUUGAUAUGGAACUCGAAGGACAAAAGCUUCGAGACACUUUUACAUGGAAUAAGAAUGAAAGUAUUAUCUCUCCAGAACAGUUUGCAGAGAUUUUAUGUGACGACUUAGAUCUGAAUCCUGUUCCAUUUGUACCAGCGAUUUCUGGCGCGAUCCGACAACAAAUUGAAGCUUAUGUAACAGAAUCGAUAAUUGAAGAGAAUUGCGAUCAACGAGUCAUCAUUAAGUUAAACAUUCAUGUCGGUAAUACAUCGUUAGUUGAUCAGAUCGAAUGGGACAUGUCGGAGAGAGAUAAUAACCCCGAAGAAUUUGCAAUCAAACUUUGUGCUGAGCUUGGUUUGGGCGGUGAAUUUGUGACUGCAAUCGCUUAUUCGAUUCGAGGUCAACUUUCAUGGCAUCAACGAACAUACGCGUUUAGUGAAGCUCCACUUUCAACAGUUGAAGUUCCAUUCAGAGCUCCAUCAGAAGCCGAAUCAUGGGCUCCAUUCCUUGAAACACUCACGGACGCUGAAAUGGAGAAAAAAAUUCGCGAUCAGGAUCGAAAUACAAGAAGAAUGCGUCGUUUGGCAAACACAACUUCAGGUUGGUAAAGACAAUUCAUCGACAUUCAAAUUCAAUUUAUUAUUUGUGUUUAAUUAAAUUAAAUAAACUAUAAGCGUAAUAUUAAAAUC